GAGACUACAUUCGUUGCCACGACAAGGAAAUAUACAACAGCAACUGCAGCACCAGAGACCAAGCAAACCACCGAGCGGACAACAAGUGAGCCGAACACUGAGGCAACAGCAAGUAAGAAGAUUAUCACUGAGACAACAGCAAGAGCGAUGACAACAGAAACGCCAGCCAGCGAGCACACUUCUGAGACACCAGCAAGUAAGACGACCACAGAAAAGCCAGCCAGCGAGUACACCACAGAAACGCCAGCAAGUGAGUUGACACCAGAGACGCCAGCCACCGAGACCACUCCUGGGACACCGGUAAGUAAGAUGACCACAGAAACACCAGCCAGGGAGCCAACCACUGAGACACCGGCAAGUGACAUGACAUCAGAGACGCCAGCCACCAAGACCACUCCUAAGACAACUGCAAGUGACGUGACAUCAGAGACACCAGCCACAGAGACGACUCCUGAGACACCGGCAAGUGAGAUGACAUCGGAGACGCCAGCCACCAAGACACCGGCAAGUGAGAUGACAUCAGAGACGCCAGCCACCGAGACCACUCCUGAAACACCGGCAAGUGAGAUGACAUCAGAGACACCAGCAACAGAGACCACUCCUGAGACACCGGCAAGUAAGAUGACAUCAGAGACGCCAGCCACCGAGACUACUCCUGAGACACCUGCAAGUGACAUGACAUCAGAGACACCAGCCACAGAGACCACUCCUGAGACACCGGCAAGUGAGAUGACUUCAGAAACGCCAGCCACUGAAACUACUCCUGAGACACCUGCAACUGACAUGACAUCAGAGACACCAGCAACAGAGACCACUCCUGAGACACCGGCAAGUGAGAUGACAUCAGAGACACCAGCCACAGAGACCACUCCUGAAACGCCGGCAAGUGAGUUGACUUCAGAAACGCCAGCCACCGAGACACCGGCAAGUGAGAUGACAUCAGAGACGCCAGCCACCGAGACCACUCCUGAGACACCGGCAAGUGAGAUGACAUCAGAGACGCCAGCCACCGAGACCACUCCUGAAACGCCGGCAAGUGAGAUGACUCCAGAAACGCCAGCCACUGAGACCACUCCUGAGACACCUGCAAGUGACAUGACAUCAGAGACACCA